CCAAAUCAUUGUUUGAUGGUGUUGGAGUUUCCUGUUGUGCUGCACAGUGCACGUCGCAAGUGUAUUCAACUGGCAGCUUCACCUCGUCCUGCCCACAGAGCAGCAGUGAUACACUGAAGAGGAGACAUCUGGCCCUAGGCUUUCCUAAGGAGACGGUGUCUUUGGCACGCGAUAAUAUUGCUGUAGUUCCCACAUUCGCUUGAAUUGUCAUAUGAAUUCUGUGAUGUGGAUGUGCAUGUAAUAGAAAUAAUGGACCAGGACAGCAAGAGUGCAAGCUUCUCAGAAAGCCUCGUGCUGGAUAACGCUGAGAAAGGAGUUGUUGUUGCAGGAAUCAAAGACAACACAAUCUCUCCAAAAAGUGGAGAAAGGUUUGUUGCAGCAACAAUACAACUUGAUAAACUUGAGAAAAACGAUGUGGAGAAAAUCUUGAAGGUGCUGGAGCCGUACGAAAGCAACAUAAAUCUUCUGACAAAGAAGGACUUGAGCCCCGGUGUUGACCUUGGCUCUUUGGGAGUAGGUCUCAAAGAUUCGGCAGCGAUAUUACAGAAGGAUCUGUCGCUGGAUGCAUCAGCUCAGGGACCAACCGUUUCCCUUGAUGGCCUGAAUGGAAAGCUUAAUGAUGCACAAGGGUUGGGGGUAAAAAUAAGUGAACCGACUCUUAAUGGAGACCUUCCCAGUCUUAGCCUAAAUAAGCCAUCAACUGAUGCUGGUGCCACAUUUAAAAUGCCCUCCGCAGGGCUUACGAUGCCAGACAUAAAAUCAGAUUCAAGUGGAACCCUAGAAGUACCUGAUAUCAGUGUCUCAGCUCCCAAUCUUAACACUCCCAUUGCAACACUAGACAUCAACAAACCAGAAGCCGAAGGCAAACUGAAACACAAGGCCCCGAAAUUCACAAUGCCACACUUCAAUCUAUCUGAUCUUGAUGCACCAAAAGCAGACACUGAUGUCUCUGGUGAUCCAGGUCUUCCUUCAGUCAGUGGAAGUAUGGAGAGACCAGACCUCAACCUGUCAGCUCCAAAGUUAGAUUUGAAAAGUAAUGAUUUGGAGCUGAAUGGGCCAAAAGUGGAUUUGAAUAGUCCUGAUGUAAAUGUAAAGGCCCCAGAUGCUAAUAUUGAGGCACCCUCAGGGAAAAUCAAGUGGCCCCAUCUAAAAUGGAAAAGUCAAAAACUCAAAGGACCAGAUGCUGACCUGUCCACACCUAAUGCCAGCAUUUCCACACCAAAGAUUGAUGGUGAUCUAAGUACCCCAGAUGUGAAUGUUGGCUCAGCUCAAGCUGAUAUUAAAGGCCCUGAUCUAGAUGUUCAAACCCCAGAUCUUAACGUUGAUGCCCCUUCUGGUAAGAUCAACUGGCCUCACCUGAAAUGGAAGAAGCCCAAACUUGAAGGAUCAAAAGCAGACUUGGACAUGGAUGCAGACCUAAAGAAACCUGAUUUAAGUCUUUCAGCUCCAAAGAUUGAGGGUGACAUUAAUGUACCAAAUGCUGAGCUGAGUCUUCCAGAAACAGAGCUAAAGGCCCCGGGUGUAGAUGUUCAUGCCCCAGACGCUGACAUAGAUGCUCCUUCAGGAAAAAUUAACUGGCCUCAUCUAAAGUGGAAAAAAUCCAAACUUAAUGGGCCAAAAGCUGAUAUGGACCUCAAUGCAGAUUUAAGCCCACCAGAUGCUUCAGUUCCAAAAAUUGAUGGGGAGAUUAGUACACCUGACGUGAGCCUCAAUUUACCCAAAGCUGACAUUGAUAUCAAAGCACCAGAUGCUGACAUAAAUCCACCAUCUGGCAAAAUCAAGUUCCCAACACUGAGAAAACCUAAAUUCUUGGUUUCUGGGCCAAAGGUGAAAGCUCCAGAUGUUGAUGUUGAUGCUGAUGUGAAAGCACCUGACCUCAGUCUGUCUGCUGAAGCACCUGAUGCUGAUCUGAACUUACCAAAAGCUGACAUUGAUAUCAAAGCACCAGAUGCUGACAUAAACCCACCUUCUGGCAAAAUCAAGUUCCCAACACUGAAAAAACCUAAAUUCUUGGUUUCUGGCUUGAAAACACCAAAUGUCAACCUUUAUCCACCAAAAAUUGGUGGUAGUCUCUCAGCACCAAACAUAGACACGAGUAUGCCAAAAAUUGAACUAGAAGCACCCAAUGCCAAUGUGAAAUGUCCAGGUUUGGAUGUCAACCUGCCAGAAGCAGACCUCAAAGAUUCCAAUAUCCAGUUGAAAACUCCAGAUCUGGAUUUGAAUACCCACCUUGGUGACUUUAAAAUGCCACAUUACAAUCAUCCAAAACUUGAUCUUUCAAGUCCUGAAGUAGAAGCUCCCAGUAUUAAUCCCACAGUUGAGGCUGGAAUUAAGGUACCUGGAGUCAGCACAGAUAUGCCUACAACAGAUGCACACAUCUCUGUUCCUGCAGUAGAUUUGAAUGCGCCAAAUGUAGGUGAUAUUAAAGGACCUGAUGUAGAUGUGAAAACUCCAGAUGUAGAUGCAAGUCUUGAGAAGCCCAAGAUGCCACAUUUCAAGAUCCCAAAGUUUAAUCUUUUUGGAUCUAAAACAAAAUCUCCUGAGACUAAUGCCAGUGCAGAUCUUGAGGGGAGUGGCUCUGACUCUGAUGUGGUGGAGGUGGAGGUUCCUGUAUUCAAGUUCCACAGACUGCCCCAAAUCAACAUUGAUGGCAUCGGAGGAAUUACUGAAGCACUGAGCUCAAUAAAAUCUGACUUGGAGGAGAAGGAUUUUGUUUUCAGUAAAGGAAUCCGCUUGCCAGUAGUGAAUGCAACAGCAAAAGGAGGAGAAAAGAUUGACAUUUUGGAGAGAUUGAAAAUCGCAAGAGAAAAGGCGUCCUCAGUGAAUGUGUCGCCAACAGAAGAGAAAACUGAUAUUGACCUACAACACACUGGCGCAGGUCUUGAUGCUAAUACAUCUACAGGUGCAGGAGAUGCGGCUUUGGUCAGAGGAGGCACUUUCAAAGUAGACAAACCAGAGUCUACGCUGGGGCUGACCCGGUCCCCAAGCCCCGGUCCACGGCCCGGUCCCGGUCUGACUCGUGGUACCGGGCCGUGA